UCACACAAGACACCGGAAGCGAGCCUCCACUUCAUCCACCCUGUUCCGGUACGGUGUGUGACAUCCUCAUCUAUUUCCCCAUCCUUUUGAAUUAUAGAUCCCAGAUACUUGAAACUCUCUCUCCUUGGAAUGACUUGCGUAUCAAGCCUCACAUCCCCGUCCGCCUUUUGGGUAACACCGCUGAACUAAUACUGCUCAGUUCUUUUACUUGUCCAAAAUAAGAAGUUUCUACUUCCAUGCUUGUUUGUGUUUCGUAAUUAUUCUGACCAUCUAAUAGAUGACACACACUUUGCAUUAUUCGCCACAUUUAUCUGUUUUUCCACUAGCCAUUCUUUCUCUUUUAAUCGGUAGGUAAUAUUGUUCAAAUCAUCACAGUGCCAAGUGCUCUUUCUUUCUGUAGUUGGAAGAAUAUUGCAUCUCGAUCAUUAGGAGAAUCAAAGAAUUUUACUGUUGGCCCGGAGACAUAGUGAUGGGUUCUGGAAGCUCUGCAUCGGUUGGGGAGCUUCCCAUAUACCUGAGGUAUGAGAUGGACUCCAAAGAUUUAGAUCUUAAUUCCAGCUCCACGCCAUCAGAAGGAAUUGAAGAUGACAUGAAGGCAGCUGCACAAGAUAUUGCCAGUUAUCAGGUUGUUUUAUCUGAGGAUGGUAAAAUUGUUGGCUUCCAGCCGACCAGUCGUGUUGCUGUUAAUCAAUGGGCAGCAAACCCUUUGGUGAAAGAGCUCUAUGGAGGGACAAAACUUUCUCCUGGCUUGAUAGAACGAGGUCUCAAGAUAAGCCAUCCAGGCGAUGUUAUUGUACUGGAACUAUUGAUGUCAGUAAAUCCUCAAAGUUCUUUUGCUUUGGUAAGACCAGUUAAUGCGAUUGCUGAAAACUGUUGAUGAACAUGUUUGCACCUUCACAUUCAAUACUUGUACAACUAGUUACAGAGAUGGGCAAGCCUUGUUCCAGGUAUAAAGGAUUAGAGGAAUUUACAAUACUUUGGGUUCCCUCUUUACUUAACUGUCAUGUGAGUUUUCUUGGCAUCGCUGCAGAGUAGUGCGGUUGAUGAAAUGACACAAUGUGUUGACAACUUUUGUACACAACCCGAACUUCCUCAGUCUGUCUGUAGUAACUGUGGCCGACUCACAAUGCAUUGAAAGACCAUUUGGUGGAAGGUAGUAAAACACCUAGUCCAUCACUAACCAUGUAAAUUCGAAGGCCCUCCUCCCCUUCCCCGGGGCAAGUUGUAAGCACCAACGGAAGGCCAAGAUAUCAUAACUUUUGUUCCAUACAAGAAGUGCUUCCUCUAAAAUGGUUUUGACUAAACUGAGAAGCUUUGUCCGGUCAUCUUUGCUCAGUACUGCAGUAAGAUGUUACAGAAAAAGUUUACUGUGAAGUCACCAGACCUAUGAUUUGAAAAAGAAGAAAGAUGCAAGUGAAUUAAUUCAGUUCCUGACUUUCAGUUCCUCUUUUGCUGCAUUCCUUAACUUCUGAACAUGUCAUGCUGACUAUUGAUGUUACCAUUAGCGGAAGAACAUAAAGUGGAAGAACAAAGAAUUUCGUAAAAUUGAGAGCUUUUUGAAAGUAAUUCUAGUACAUUGGUUUCCACCAAUGUGUAGUUCAGAAUUUUAUAGUCCAUUAAUUACCAUUACCAAUCAGUUCAAUGACCGUGCAA